GGACCCGCUGCGCCCGCCACGCCUCCAGCUCCCGUCUCCCGCAAGGUGGAAGCGGCGCAGCAGCUAGUGACCUGCUGCCGCAGGCCGCGCGGGAGGCUCUGGGCCACGGCCGCCUCCGGGGAUUGAGUGGGGGAUGCAGGAACCUCGCGGGGAGGCUCGACGGGAGUAAGGGUGGCAGGGAGCUGCGGCAGGGCCCUAGACCGUGAGCGUCUUGGGCACUUGCUGGCGUGGGCUGGAGUUCCAGAGGCCGCCGCAGGCUCAUGGACGGCCGGCUCCAGGCCUGAGCUGUGGGAGGGCUCUGCCGGGGCCUGGCACUCGGGCUCUUCCCCCCCCCCCCCCCGCGAGGGUGGAGCUGCACUGGGGAGCCUCCUAACUUGGAGGACUCAGGGCCCCUGUAGCACGCAGGCUGUUUCUCUUGAGGGGAUUGGAAACGUGGCGCGAUGAGGAGCCGAAGUAACUCCGGGGUCCGACUGGAUGGCUACGCUCGGCUGGUGCAUCAGACCAUCCUGUGCCAUCAGAAUCCAGUGACUGGCUUGCUUCCAGCCAGCUAUGAUCAGAAAGAUGCCUGGGUCCGAGAUAAUGUGUACAGUAUCUUGGCUGUGUGGGGUUUGGGCCUGGCCUAUCGGAAGAAUGCAGACCGGGAUGAGGAUAAGGCAAAGGCCUAUGAACUGGAGCAGAGUGUAGUGAAGCUGAUGAGAGGACUGCUCCACUGCAUGAUCCGACAGGUGGAUAAAGUAGAAUCCUUCAAAUAUAGUCAGAGUACCAGGGAUAGCCUCCAUGCCAAAUACAAUACCAAAACCUGCGCCACCGUAGUGAGUGAUGACCAGUGGGGACACCUGCAAUUGGAUGCUACCUCUGUGUACCUGCUCUUCUUAGCACAAAUGACUGCCUCAGGACUUCAUAUCAUCCACAGCCUAGAUGAAGUCAAUUUCAUACAGAACCUUGUAUUUUACAUUGAAGCUGCAUAUAAAACUGCUGACUUCGGGAUAUGGGAACGUGGAGACAAGACAAACCAAGGGAUCUCAGAAUUGAAUGCCAGUUCAGUUGGAAUGGCAAAGGCAGCCCUGGAAGCAUUAGAUGAACUGGACCUAUUUGGUGUGAAAGGUGGGCCCCAAUCAGUUAUCCAUGUCCUGGCUGAUGAAGUACAACACUGCCAGUCUAUCCUUAAUUCACUACUCCCCCGGGCUUCAACAUCCAAAGAGGUAGAUGCUAGUCUACUUUCAGUUAUUUCGUUCCCAGCCUUUGCAGUAGAAGAUAGCCGGUUGGUAGAGCUUACAAAGCAAGAAAUCAUCACCAAGCUUCAGGGUCGUUAUGGUUGCUGUCGCUUUCUACGAGAUGGAUAUAAAACUCCCAAAGAGGAUCCCAAUCGUCUGUACUAUGAACCAUCUGAGCUGAAGUUAUUUGAAAACAUUGAGUGUGAAUGGCCACUGUUCUGGACAUACUUUAUUCUUGAUGGGGUCUUUAGUGGCAAUGCAGAACAGGUUCAAGAAUAUAGAGAGGCUCUUGAAACUGUCCUCAUCAAGGGCAAAAAUGGAGUCCCACUUUUGCCAGAGCUAUAUAGUGUUCCUCCGGACAAGGUUGACGAAGAAUAUCAAAAUCCUCACACUGUGGACCGAGUCCCCAUGGGCAAGUUGCCCCAUAUGUGGGGUCAGUCUCUGUACAUCUUAGGAAGCUUGAUGGCAGAGGGAUUUUUAGCUCCUGGAGAAAUUGAUCCCCUGAAUCGAAGGUUUGCUACUGUGCCAAAGCCAGAUGUUGUGGUUCAAGUUUCCAUUCUUGCUGAGACAGAAGAAAUCAAGGCCAUUUUGAAGGACAAGGGAAUUGAUGUAGAGACCAUUGCUGAGGUAUACCCUAUCAGAGUACAACCAGCCCGUAUUCUCAGCCACAUUUAUUCCAGCCUAGGAUGCAACAGUAGAAUGAAACUUAGUGGACGACCCUAUAGGCACAUGGGAGUCCUUGGAACUUCAAAACUCUAUGACAUUCGGAAAACUAUCUUUACCUUCACUCCACAGUUUAUAGACCAGCAACAGUUCUACCUGGCUCUGGACAACAAGAUGAUAGUAGAAAUGCUUAGAACAGACCUCUCCUACCUCUGUAGCCGCUGGAGGAUGACAGGCCAGCCUACCAUCACCUUCCCCAUUUCACACACCAUGCUUGAUGAAGAUGGAACCAGCUUGAAUUCAAGUAUCCUAGCAGCACUCCGAAAAAUGCAGGAUGGCUAUUUUGGUGGAGCAAGGAUUCAAACAGGUAAAUUGUCAGAGUUUUUGACAACAUCUUGCUGCACACAUUUGAGUUUCAUGGAUCCUGGACCUGAGGGUAAGCUGUACAGUGAAGAUUACGAUGAUAACUAUAAUGAGCUGGAACCAGGUGACUGGAUGAAUGGCCACAGUUCAACCAGUAAUGCUCGCUGUGGUGAUGAAGUUGCUCGCUAUUUAGAUCACCUUUUGGCGCACACUGCUCCCCAUCCUAAACUAGCCCUCACCUCACAGAAGGGAGGGCUAGAUCGGUUCCGAGCUGCUGUGCAAACAACCUGCGAUUUAAUGCCCUUGGUGACCAAGGCCAAGGAGCUGCAUGUACAGAAUGUUCACAUGUAUCUUCCUACAAAGAUAUUUCGGGCUUCCCGGCCUUCAUUGAACUUACUUGACUCUCCUCAUUGCCCACGAGAGGACCAGGUUCCAUCUGUUCGUGUAGAAAUACAUCUUCCUAGAGACCAAUCUGGGGAGGUGGACUUCAAAGCACUCAUUUUGCAGUUGAAGGAGACCUCCAGCUUACAGGAGCAAGCUGACAUCCUUUACAUGCUGUAUACUAUGAAAGGACCUGACUGGGACACUGGAUUAUAUGAUGAAGGGAGUGCAACAGUCCGAGAGCUGCUUACUGAACUGUAUGGCAAAGUUGGAGAAAUUCGUCACUGGGGCCUGAUCCGAUACAUCUCUGGAAUCCUAAGAAAGAAGGUGGAAGCACUCGAUGAGGCCUGCACAGACCUUCUCUCCCACCAGAAACAUUUGACAGUGGGACUCCCUCCAGAACCUCGAGAGAAGACCAUCUCUGCACCUCUGCCUUAUGAAGUGCUCACUCAGCUGAUAGAUGAAGCCAGUGAAGGGGACAUGAGCAUUUCCAUUCUUACACAGGAAAUAAUGGUGUAUCUAGCCAUGUAUAUGCGAACUCAGCCUGGCCUCUUUGCCGAAAUGUUUCGACUUCGAAUUGGUCUAAUCAUACAAGUUAUGGCAACAGAACUGGCCCAUUCCCUUCGAUGCUCAGCUGAGGAAGCCACAGACGGCCUGAUGAAUCUCAGUCCUUCAGCCAUGAAGAAUCUCCUGCAUCACAUUCUCAGUGGCAAGGAGUUCGGAGUGGAACGAAGUGUUCGUCCCACUGAUUCAAAUGUCAGCCCUGCUAUUUCCAUCCAUGAGAUUGGUGCUGUCGGGGCAACCAAAACAGAACGAACUGGGAUAAUGCAGUUAAAAAGUGAGAUAAAGCAGGCGGAAUUUCGUAGACUAUCUAUCUCAACUGAGAGUCAGUCCAAUGGUGGUCAUCCCUUGGGUAUAGAUUUGACAUCACCAUCUUUUCUGUCACCUGGAACAUCUGUGACUCCAAGUAGUGGGUCCUUUCCUAGAGGUCAACAGACAUCUAAAGAUAAUCGUCAAGGUCAGUGGCAACGCCGAAGAAGGCUAGAUGGAGCACUGAACAGAGUGCCAAUUGGAUUUUAUCAAAAAGUAUGGAAAGUUUUACAGAAGUGUCAUGGACUCUCUGUAGAAGGUUUCGUUCUUCCUUCUUCAACCACUAGAGAGAUGACUCCAGGCGAGAUUAAAUUCUCUGUUCAUGUGGAAUCUGUCCUGAACCGUGUACCUCAGCCAGAGUACCGCCAGCUUCUGGUUGAAGCCAUCCUUGUCCUCACCAUGAUGGCAGAUAUUGAAAUUCAUAGUAUUGGAAGCAUCAUUGCUGUGGAAAAGAUAGUGCAUAUUGCUAAUGACUUGUUCCUUCAAGAACAGAAAACCCUCGGGGCAGAUGAUACCAUGUUGGCCAAGGAUCCUGCGUCUGGCAUCUGUACUCUUCUGUAUGACAGUGCGCCCAGUGGCAGGUUUGGCACCAUGACCUACCUCUCCAAGGCAGCUGCCACCUACGUACAGGAGUUCCUGCCUCACAGCAUCUGUGCCAUGCAGUGAGGCCUCUGGGCCCUGGCUGCAGGGAGCCUUUUGACAGCUGGUUCCUGCCUCGGUUGAUCAUGCAUGGGACUGAAAUGUGUUGGCCUGAUCACUCCUACCCUGCCCCUUUCCAUCCCAUCCCGCCCAAGAAGAAUGAACUUUUCUGAUCCACUAACUGCUUUCGAAGUGAACCUCUGCCUGGAGGAAUAUGCCCGCCCAGGCACUCUGUUGUAGGCCUUAAUUCUUUCAUGGUUCAUGGAAGUUUGCAUGUGUUUUUAUCCUCCAGAUCUGUUACAAAUUUAGUUUCCUAACUACUGUUUGCAGAGUAGGUAUUAAUAAUAACUUAUGACUGAAGUUUGGAAAUUUUUCUUAUGUGUAGUUUCAUUGUGUGAAUGAGUGGUGGGUGCUUUGGGACAUUGUUUCAAGUGGGGAAACCCUAAAGUGUUGGAUUUUAUACUACCACAAAUUGGAAAUAUCUAUUCUAAGUGCCUUUUCUUGGGAAAGGAGAGUACCAGAUCAUGGUUUUCUUCAUUACUCACAUGUUGCCUCACACUGAGUGACAAACGCCUUUCUGUAUAGAAUUACUGUCCCUGUUCUUGCCUUCUCUGUAUCUGCAUACAUAAUUUCUACUCUCCCUUUGGUGAAAUAUCAAAAAAUGCAAGUGCAGUGUCUGUAUUUAAGAAUUUUGAUAUUAGCAAUUGAAAUCACCUUUUCUGAAGAUUGCUGGUGCUCAGAGAUGUAUCUGUAGCAGAAAAUGCAGAAAAACCCAGGAGCCAGGAUCCCAGUUCCAAAAAGGAAGGGAAAAGGGAUGCCUGCAAUAGUGUCUUACACCUAGGGAACAGAGAGGGAAUCAGAGGUAAGUUAGUACCCUGAAGAGAGCCUUGUACACCAACUUUUGCCUCAGAAGAGUGGGCCAACACACAACAUGCAGAAUAAUUGAAGUCUCUGUCUUUGGCAAACAGGAAUCCAGCAGUCAAGUCUAUAGCUGCCUUCACAAGCAGUCCUUCCUUGGUGAUCCUUACCUGUCUGUCUCACUCGCCUACUGACUUUUUACAGCAUCCAACCCCCACCCACCACCAACUCCCUGUCCUCCCAUCGGUUCUUAAACUCUUUCACUUACAUCUUCACUCCCUGAUUCUAGUGUUCCUAUCUAUGUGUAUUUUGAUAUCUGUUGGCAUAUAUCUGUUUCUUAUAAAUAACUGCAUUCGUGUGUGUGUCUAAGCAUACACGGGAAUUUUUCUGAAUGUAAGUAGUUUCAAUGUGUCUGUAUAUUUAGCUGUAUCUACAUUUGGCAGCCUAUGUAAAUAUGUGUUAUAUGGAUGGUGGUGACCGUGGCCCCCAGGCUGACACACCAAGAGUAAUGGAGGAAUCCUUAAGUCCUUUUCCCUAGUCCCAUGUUUAGGUAACCGCAUUUGAAGAAUGUUUCUCCUAACUUUCUUAAUUGAGGCUGCUGUAACAAAAUACUGUAGACUGGGCGGCUUAAAUAACAAACAUUUAUUUCUCACAUUUCUGGAAGCUUAGAGGCCCAAGAUUGGGGUUCCUGCAGACUCAGUGUCCAGGGAGGACCCUCUUCCUGGUUUGCAGAUGGCCACCUUCUUGCUGUGUCUUCAGAUGGUAGAGAAAAGGGGGACGGAGGGUACUCUAGACUCUUCAUAAGGAUACUAAUUUUGUUAUGGGAAUUCUUCCGUUAUGACUUCAUCUAAUCCUGAUUACUUUCCAAAGGCCCCCACCUCCAAAUCCCAUCACCUUGGGGAUUAAGGCUGAAUCCCCAAUGUGAAUUUCAGAGGGGUACAAAUAUUCAGUCCAUAGCACUUUCCUUCUCCUUAUUUAUGUGUAAAGAGUCUGCUAAUUUACCUGUUUGCACUCAGGUAACUUCCUACUUCUGUCCUUUCCUUUCUCUCAGAUUUUUCAGAUUUUUCUCCAAGAAUGGGGCUGGGGCUAGGGAUCUCUCUAAACGGUUCUUACAGAACCCAUGACAGUCUUUUGAGUGCAUGAGUAAGUGAGCACAGUAAGUAGGGUGAUAGAAAACAGAGAGUGGAAAUGAGAGAGGAUAGCCAACCUUUUUAGAAUAGAAUGUCUCUCAGAGCAAAUGGAAACACACAGUAAGUAGCUUUCUGAUUACAUGAUUUUCUGGUCACUUUAUAAAGAUAAUUUAUGACCUGUUCUGACACUGUCUUUUCACUGGCCGUGCAUACCCCAGCCACAGGAAGUACAUCUGGAGUGGCACAGGUGAAAACCUCUGCUCUCUGCCAUGUUAAUUUGCCUGAACUGACACUGACUGCUGCGUUUCUCUGGGUUUACUAAACUGCCUAUCACUGUGCUCUCCAUCCAGUGGUAUUUCACAUUUAAAGCAACUUUUUAGAAAACUUGAUCUGCAUUUUAUUCUUUGUAAGCAUGUGAUACUAAAAGAAACUUUGGACUUUUUUUUAAGCACUUCUGUUUUGAAAUUAGAAUUAAAAAUUGGAAUGUCCAAUUAAA